AUGGUCAGGUACGCUCUGACACUCCCAGGUUCUCCUGACGCUCCUGGUUUCCUCACUCCCGGUGCAUCUCUUGCUCCCUGGGUGCCUCUGACCUCCCAGAUUACACGUCGGCAUCACGCCUCCGACGUUUCAGUACGCCUCCGAUGCUCCAGGUUGCCUCUGGCUCCUGAACGCCCAGAUUUCACUCCGUUGCUCCUGGUUCGACACGCUCUAUUUUGCACUCACUCCCGAGUGCCUCGACCUCCGUGCUCCAGUGCAGCACUCUCCCUGCCAGACUACUCUGUUCCCUUCGGGUGCACCACACUCAGUGCUCAGUGCACCUGCCCAAAACCUCAGACCUCCAGUGCCUCCGAUGCUCCAGUGCCCACUCAGACACCCAUGAUUCCUUCGAGACCUCCCUGGUACACUCUGACGCUCCAGAUUUACCUCCAAUCACCUCGGGCGCAGACAUUCCCAGGUACACCUCAGACACUCAGGUACGCCUCAGACGCCGACGCUGACGGUACCAGGCCGCCUCCAUUCCGUUACGCCGGUUCUCCAACCGGCGCCAGGCGCACCUCUGACGCUCGGCCAAGACGCCUCAGGCUCCAGUUACACCUCGACACUCCCGGUUCCCCUGGGCGCUCCCCACCCUGGCCGCCAGAUACCUCUGAUGCUCCCCAGGUGCAUCCAGCCAGGCGCCAGUUUCUCGACCUGGUUGCCUCGCUCACACCUCUGGCCACUCCAGUGCCGUCGACACUCCAGACGUUCCCAAUUUACCUCAGCCCUCAGAACACUGCAGAUGCCUGGUUCCUCGACCUCCCUGUUGCCUCUGACCUCACAAGUUUUCCACCCAGCACUCCCAAAUUCCUCAGUACCAUACACUCAGGCAUUUCCCUCAGGCAUCACAGUUACUGCCCUGACCUCCCAGGGCACGACCACCGGUGCCGGUACACCUCAGGCUCUCCUGGUGCACCUCAGACCGGGCGCGAGUGCCUCAGUUCUCUGGCUCCCAAAUUUUCAGAACAUUCCAUUCAACAGACAUUCCUUUCAGGAUUCUCCUCUCUGACACAAAUUACCUCACUGAUACCUGUUGCUUCCUCCACAGGCCUCCACAGUGCCCCUCCUCCUGGUGCUCAGCCUCCCCUGGUUCUGACACUUCAGGCGCCUCCGGCACUCCAGGUGCCUCCGACCAGUGCACCUCCAGUCCAGGCCUCCCGGUUCUCACACUCCUGGGCUGCCUCCCUCCCAGGCCUCCUAACAUCCCUGUUUUGGGCAUGCAGUUUGCAUCAGACCUCUGGGGUGCCUCAGGCUGUUCCCAGGCCCUCGUGCUCCCAGGUGCCUCUGACGCUCCCGGUGCCUGACCUCCCGGGCGCUCCUCAGGCAUCUGGUGCACCCUCACCUCCAGGGUGCACUUCCCUGACACUCGGUGCUCUCGGCUCUGGGUGUUCCUCUGACCUCCCCAAGGUGCCUCCAUCUGCUCACACGCCUGACAUGCCAGUGCCUCUGGGCACUCACAAAAGUGCCUCUGGGCCUCCAGUGCUCGCCCCAUUCUCUCUGACCUCCUCCAGACACCUCAGACACUCCCAGAUUACACCGCCUUCUGGGCAGGUCCUGGGUGCCUCCCAGGGUACCUCCAGGCCUCAGGCCUCUUACUCCUUGUUCUCCUCCUUACAUAGGUGCCUCAGGCUCCUCCCAGUGCCUCAGACACUCCCAGGAAACACCUCAGGGCCACUCCCAGGCCCUUCACACAACCUCCCAGUGCCUCAGGCCUCAGUGCCUCAGAACCUCUGA